GCUAUAUGUGGCAUCUUGCUAGCACCAAGUUAAACAUGGCUGGCGGAGGGAAAGUUAGACGAAUGCUGGUGAAUAAUCUGCUGUCGAUACUGACGAUAGCUGGAGUCAUUGUGGGAGUUAUCUGCGGAUAUCUGAUCAGGAGUAGUAAAGAUGAGGAACCCAAACAUACUGACGAGCUUAUCAAGGGAAUCAGGAUCCCAGGAGACUUGCUGCUCCGAGGUUUGAACAUGUUGGUCCUGCCCCUGGUCAUGACAAGUCUCAUUCUCGGACUGGCCGGGAACAAGCGGGGCAAGUUCAACAAACAGGCUGGAAUAACCAUUCUCUACUACGUCUCUACUACACUGUUCGCCGCUAUUAUAGGUCUGGUACUGGUAUGCGCGAUCCAGCCCGGCGGUAGAGCGGAAGGAAGCAAAGGAGAGGAACUGGGCGUGAGGAACACAACCGUCCUUGACUUUGUGGGGGACAUGAUCAAGAACCUGGUGCCAGCUAACAUUGUAGCAAUGAGUCACCAGAAGACCAGGACUACGUACGAUCACGGGGUUAUGGAGGAACCGGUGGAGGGUAUGAACAUGCUGGGUGUCAUCUUCAUUUCGAUAACAUUUGGUGUGAUAAUAAUGGCGAACAAGGAAGAGUGCCAACCGUUCCUUGACUUUUGUUUGUCUCUCAAUGUGAUCAUCAACAAGCUCACCAGAGUGGUUCUGUGGUACUCGCCCAUUGGAAUCAUGUUCCUAGUGAUGGCGGAGUACUCUGUGUCUGACGUGUCGGAGUAUGCCAAGGAGAUAGGACUCUAUGUGGUGACAGUGUUGGUCGGUCUAGCCAUUCACUUCUUUAUUGUACUCCCCGUUAUCCUGUUUGCUCUGGCUAAGAAGAACCCUCUGCUGUACUACAAAUCUCUUCUACCCGCCAUGGCCACUGCCUUCGGAACCGCCUCUUCCACCGUGACUAUUCCAAUUACAAUGAAGUGUGUCAAGAAAGCUGGAGUAUCUGAAGAUGUUGUGGACUUUGUUAUUCCUGUUGGUGCUACCAUUAACAUGGACGGAACGGCACUGUACGAAGCUGUAGCGUGUUUGUUUAUCGCCCAGCUGAACGACCGAGAACUAACGAACCCUGAGAUCGUGAUCACGGCGCUGACUGCCACAGUGGCCGCUAUCGGAGCAGCAGGAAUACCCAGUGCUGGUCUUGUUACCCUGGUAAUGGUCCUGAACGCUGUGGAUCUCGGCACCGAGCAUAUCGCUCUCAUCCUCACUAUCGACUGGCUCCUGGAUAGGUUCAGGACCAUGACUAAUGUUGUAGGUGAUGCAGUUGGAUGUGCGGUGAUAGAGCAACUAGCCGGUUCUUCCUGCCCUAGAUCAGGAGGUGCCGGCGACGAGGAGAAGUUUCUGCAACUUAAAAACAAGGAGGAGGAUAACAACCAUGUUGACCAUGCUGUUCACGUUGGUGCCUAAGAGAAGUUCUUUGAUCCAAAGGCUACAUCACAGAGUUCACGAUUUCUUUCAAUCAGUUGAAGUUAUGCAUGCAAGCAAAGAACUGGAGUUUUUAAAUUGUAAUCAGUUUUAUUUCAAGGCACAUAAUAUGAGGAUAAUAAUAUGUAACCAGAUUCGCAUUUCAUGAAUCAUGAAUUGUUUCCGACCACGAGCAUGGUAUCGCGGAUAACGCGGAUUUUACUGGUUAUUUUUAUUUAAAUGUUGCAACUUUUGAAGUUCCGAACCGGAAUACCAUCAAAAGUCUCAUGAUUGUAGAGAGUGGAUAUUUGAGGAGGCAAAUAUUUUUGGAUGAGGUAAAACAUAAAAUAAUUAAAUCUCGGGGUUUUUGUCGCUCUUCUUUGAAAUAUGGAAUGGAUUCAAUAGCUCAUAGCUGUCUUUUCAGCAUGCACGAAGGAUUUUUCAUUAAAGUUUAUUCUAUAAUAUUACAUAAUUUAUGUUUCAAGCUAUUUUAUGUUUGUUCACUGUUAACGAUAAUUUGUUUAACAAAAGCUGGAAUUGUUUAGAAAGCGGAGUGUUAAGUUUUACUUUUACGUUUUGUUAGCUGUUACAUUGUUAACUUUACUUCAUCUGCAUUGCACUCAGAUGAUUGGUUUAAACUUAGUAGUAGUACAUCUUAGUACAAUUAUUAGUACUCUUUUCAACUUUAUUAACAUAUUAAAAAGACAAUAUUUAGUUUCACUGUUAGUGUUAGUGUUAAUUAGCAAAAAAAAGGUACCAAAUAUUAAACUUUAGUCAUGCUAAGUUGUUAUAUUCCAGAGCGAGGUCGACAAACUUCCCAAUGACCCACUGAAUUAUUUGUGGAGUUUCCCACUACCAGGUGCGCCUAUCCCUAUGUGCGGCACUCUUUUUGAGCUUCUAAGCUAUAUAU